AUGCGCUUCAGCAUCCUUUUCGCGUUUGGUCUUGCGACUGAUGUUGCAAUGGCCAGCGUUUGCAAGCCUCGACCUUCUGCUAGCUCUAGUGUUAUUUCUGUCGAGACCGUGACUUCGACCAUUUCUGCCACUGCCGAUCUGUCGACUACUACCAGUACCACGUCUACUGUUAAUGAUAAGACUACAUCUGAGGCUACUGAGACAGCGACUACCACCGAAACAUCAGUGUCAGUCGAUUUGUCAACUACGCUUGCGACAACUGGCACAACAGAUACCGCCACUACUGAGACCGCCACUAUAGAUACUACAACCACUGAUGAGGCGACACCCACUGCGGUGACCACGUCUGCUGAGACAACAACAGCCGAUGCCACCACCACAACCGCAGAUACCUUCGAGCCGAUCCCAACAUUCAACGUCAUCGCUACCGACACGCAAGUCUACGGCCAAAAACUCCGGGGUCAUAAAACAACAGACCACGAAAUGGGAUGGAAUUUGGAAGGCUCCCCACCAAUCCUCGCAUUCUCCAUUGACUCCGACACAAACCAAGUCAGAGAAAUAGUCAAUGGAAACUACCUGUGUCUCCAAUAUGGUGUCAGAAAUAGCGAUAGCGAUAGCGACAGCGACAUCCACUUCCUCAAGCUCUGUGAUCCCGGCACCGAGACCAACGUCAUGGGAGGGAUUGCUAUGGUCACAUGUGAGCAGACUCGCGACCGCAGGCUGAAGUGCUCUGUUCCCGCUGGGCAGUGCGUGGAGGACUCUCUUACUAGGAUCCCGAUUUGUUCAGCCUUGCCUGGGACGUUUACGGGAUUCUAUACGUAUUCUGGUUUGGCAACGGGUUUUGCUCUUGUUAUGGGACGGGAAGGUAAUGGUCCUACUGCUGAUACGCAGUCUAUUGACCUUGAGAUUGAACCUGCUGUAAUCUACGAUUAA